AUGGUACUGGUGGGCGGCAUUGGCACAACAAUAGCGCUGAUUGGUUUCAUGGAAAAUAUCUUGGUAUUUUACACAUUCAUCAGCUCCAAAGCAUUGCGACACAGGAAUCUUGUCCAUCUAACUUGCUUAAGUGCCUGCGAUGUAUUCAUUUGUUUCUCCUAUAUAGAAAUUAUGUCAAUGCAGGUAAUUCAGGAACUUUCUUGA